AAUCACAUUAAGACAAGAAUCUGACCAUCUUGAUGCAAGUGAUAAUUAUGCUAUAAGUGAUACAAAAUUAGAGAAGUCCUCUUCUAAGAGUGAGAAUCUAAAAUUCCAAAUACAGGCUUUUUUGCCUGUGUUUCAACCUGAUCUAAAAAAGUUUCAAACUAUGAAUAUAGAUUUAUUGCUAGCUGAAAUUGAUGCAAUGUUAGUUGAAAUUUAA